CGUGAAAUUUGGCUAAAUAUUUGCAAGGAGCAAAGACGUUCAAUCUUUGAUUUAAUCCACCUGAUAUGCAUAUACAAAAUUCAACACGGUAUAUUUUUCAAUUAAAUUUUCAUUGCUCAUGCGGAAAUUUCUAUUUAACCACUAAUAGGGGGAGCUAUAAGUCCGAAUCACUUGCUCUCAUGAAUUUGUCAGCUACUCAUGAGAUCAUAAUAGUUUUGAACUUGUGCGUUAAUGCCCCUCUUCAUAACAGAAAUAAUUAGGAUAAAGAAUCACCCAUAAUAAUUUUAGAAUUAGAGACCGAAUACAUGAUCAGAUGAAAAAGCAAACAAUGUAAUCAAGCAUGCAUUUUCAAAAUCACUGACAUUACUACUUGGUUGUCAAACAAGGCUUUAAUCACCAUUUAUACUAAAAAUGAUGAUUCGAAAUUGGUUAAUUGGUUACGUAAUUCGUUUCAUUCCCACCUAAAAACGGCUAAUGCAAAGAGAUGGAUAGAGGAAAAGAGGGACAGAAAUGAAGGCUCUGUUCUUUCUUUCUUUCUUCUUCCUUCCCCUCCCUCCCUUUUGUUCCUGAAAACUGUCUCUCCUUGUUUCAGGAAAGUAGGAGAAGCUCCCUUUUCGCAUUUUCAUCCUCUCUCCCCUAAUCCUCCCUACAUUUUCUUAAACCGAAGAUUUGCGUUAAUUCUCUCCUUCUCUCCACUCUUUACACUAAAUCUCUCUACGAACCUUUUCUAAACCUACCUUCUUUUAUAACGAGAAACCUUGCCGCAUUCAUCGUAGUCCCACAUUCAGUGGAAUUCUGAAAGUUUUCCUUAUAUACACUCUGCAUCCAAAUUAAUCUCCUUGGAAAGUUUCCUAAACCAUUCCCUGAUCGAGUUUUCCUUUCCACGAUCGUGAACAAUGGCCAUGGCGAACGUGUUCUUCUAGUGGAAAAAGGAGAAUGAAAGAAGGGAAGACCACGAAGGCGGUGUUGAUUGGUUGCCGGAUUCACCACGACCAGAAAUCAGCGUCUCUGUUUUUACACCACCAUGUGCAGGGCGUGAAGAGAUUCGUACUCGGGUUCGUCUUCCUCGUCCUUCUGGUCUACAAUGGCGCCGCCGUGUUCUACGUCCACGUCCCGUUCUUCCCCGCCGUCAAUUCCCCCGCCAAUUUCUCGUCAUCGUCGGAAGGGAAACCCGGCCUCCACCGGGAGGGGAAAAAAGAAAAACCGUCGUUGCCAUUCCGCAUCGUCUCCCUCCACGCGCUGAGCGAGGCGCUACCCAUCACGCGCUUCCCCAGCCCGGUGGUCCCCACCACGGCGGCGGCGGCGACGAUCAAAAGGCACGGCCGGAAGGGGCAUUCGCUGAAGUGGCACGUGGGGAAGGCGAUACGGAAGUUGGAGCCCCGACGCGGCCCGCCCGAGUCCAGAUCCGGACCCGAAUUCACCGCCCGGAUCCGGGACUUCUUCCGGAGCUCCGACUGCAACCCGCGAUUCUUCAUGACCCUGAUCUCCCCUUCCCUCGAUUCGCUCGGCGACCGGGAAAUCUUCGCCGUCGAGAGCCUCUUCCGAACCCACAGAAACGCCUGCCUCGUCAUCAUCUCGAAUUCGAUGGACUCCGAGCCCGGCCGGCGCCUCCUGAAGCGAUUCGCCGACAGGAAUUUCCACAUCGCCGCCGUGAAACCCAACUUCGCCGCCGCAUUCAAAGGCACCCCGGCGGAGAUCUGGUUCCGGGAUUUGAAGUCGGGUCGGGUCAGACCCGGGGACGUCUCCCUCGCACAGAACCUCUCCAAUUUGCUCCGCCUCGCCCUGCUGUACAAAUUCGGCGGGAUCUACCUCGACACCGACGUCGUCGUUUUGCGGAGCUUCACCGGGCUGCGGAAUGCCAUCGGCGCCCAGACCGUCGACGUGGAGACGGGGAAGUGGAGCCGGCUGAACAACGCCGUUUUGGUGUUCGACCGGAGCCACCCGUUGGUUUACAAGUUCAUCGAGGAAUUCGCGACGACGUUCGACGGGAGCAAGUGGGGGCAUAACGGUCCGUACUUGGUUUCGAGGGUUGUGGAGAGGGUGGAGGGGAAUUCGAGUUAUAAUUUCACGGUGCUGCCGCCGCCGGCGUUUUAUCCGGUGGACUGGAGCAGGAUUUCGGGCUUGUUUCAGGGUCCUCGGGAUCGGAUUCAGUCGAGUUGGGUGAGGAGGAAACUGGAGCGGAUUAAGAAGGAGAGCUUCGCCGUUCAUUUGUGGAAUCGACAGAGUCGGGAUGUGGAGAUUGAGGAUGGGAGCGUGAUGAAUCGGAUCAUGACGGAGUACUGUAUUUUCUGCAACUCUUCUUCUUCUUGAAGGGGUUUUUUUUUUUUUGUUGGGUUGGUUUAAUUAGCUUGUUUUCAUAUUCCAUUUGUAGUGUUGAUGAUGGAAAGGAGAAUCCUUUUCUUGAAAAAACAAUAGAAGGUUUUGUGAUUUUGCUAUGUGUUUAUGACUUUAUGUUAAUUUGGUAAUGGUCGGUAAAAUUUGUAAAUGAAAAAGUUAGUCUACAAAAAUGUUGGAGUCAAUCGGACGAAUUGGAAGUUAACGAAUACAUAUUGUUAGUAGAU